UUAUCGAACAAUAAAGUGUACUUUUAUAAGCAUGUACACAUUUCGAGUAGCUAUACCUGUAUUUAUUUUGUUCUGAAGUGUUUAUUUUGAGAAUGCCAAAAUGUCCCGUGAAAAUGAACAAACCAUCUCUACUGUAAGUGGGGACAUCACAACUGUGGAUAGGGUUGCUCAAAAAGCCCAAAAAGAUGGGAUUCUCGAGAUUAUAGAGAAAACUCUCGAUCCCAACAAGUAUGCUACGAAAAAGACCAUCGCUCAAGGACUCUUGGAUGUUGCACUUUUAACAGCAAAUGCUUCCCAACUCAAAUAUAUACUUCAAGUUGGGCCUAAACAUGAAUUCUAUACGCUCAUGUUGAGUCUCAUCAUAGUUUCUAUCAUUUUACAGUUAGCUGUUGCAAUUUUGUUCGUUAUAAUUGGAGGUAUGAAUAUCAACAAAGAACGGAACAAAAAGGCUGCGUUAAUAUUGAACGACAUUAUCUUAGUAUUUAUAUUUUUGAUAGCGAUAGUCAAUAUUUUGAUAUCUGGCUUUGGUAUGGAAUUUUCAAGUCAGCCUCUGACCCACUUAUGAUUUUAUUGUAUUAUUGGGAAAACAAGAUCUUUAAUAUAUCGGAAACAAUAAUAUUGUAAAAAUGGUGCGAAUAAGCAGACUGACAAAUAUAAAUCAAAAAUAAUUCCAUGAAAGGAAAAUUAAGGAUGAAAACGUACCGAAAAGUAUUCAAUAUUUACCGAUUAAAUUGUAAAUCAUUUUAUAUAAGUAUUGGUUUUUCAAUGAGGUUGAUAUACAUCAAAAUUAAUCGCAAAGUGUUUGAGACUGAAUUAUCGAAAAAGAAAAAUACACGAUAAUUUAGUAGAUACCUAGGUAUAUGAUCACCAAGCUCUUUAGACGUCCAUCAGAGAACCCUAACUGUAGAUCAUGAUUUCGAUCUUAUUGGUGUAUCUUCAGUGCAACUGAGCAAUUAGGUAUUGGAAAUGAAUAGAUCUUUUCAAGGAGCUAAGGGAUACUUUAGAGAAUUUCCUUCCACUCAUCACAAACACACUAAAUAAUUCUCUUGCAACAUUUGAUGAUAAUGAAUACUUGAAAAUAGUUCAGGGAAACCCUCCAGAAAGCACCAUAAAAUUAUUUGUUAAAUCAUCUUCAUCCAAGUUGACAAUCAAGUAAAACAUCUCUCAAAUUGAUGUUGGAUGACAUUAUCAUUAUCGUAUCUUUCGACAAAAAUUUUUCUGGAUUCUGCAUUUCUGCAUUUUGUUUUCCCAUUGGUAUCGAGUUCAAUUUUUUACCUAGAUUUCGAUUUCAAACAAAAGGAAGUUGAAUCAUAUUUUGUGUCAUGAAAAACUCUCAAACAAUACAAAAAACACGGACUGCCAUUAGAUUUUAAAUAAAUAUUAUAUCAUCCUUAUUGAAAAGCACACUGGUUAUAUUAAUUAUUAAUUGUAGUAUUCAAUGUAACCAUUUAUUACUAAUACUCUAUUUUGAUAAGCUCAAAUCAAAAUUGUACAGCUAUUACAUCGGCAAUUGUAGGUACGAUUGUAAAAAACUCGAAUAUAUUGAUAAAUAAAUAUUCUUCUGAAUUAAUGAA